AUUGUGCUCGACCUUUGUGUGGAAGUAGGAACGGAAGUAUGGCGCCGCGUGGCGAUACACCAACAGACAGCGAUGACGAGGAAGUGCAGGAGGCUCCAGUGGCAGCUACCAGGGAUAGCCCUGUGCAGAAUGGCGGUUCUGAGGAGCCCCACAAGCGCAGGGGCGGGGAACGAAUAAAGUUUGAGGGAAAGGAGGAGACCAGGGACGAAAGAAGAGGGAGUGACAGAGGGGAGGACAUGAGCCUGCGCGGGGACAGAGAUGCUGAUAGAGACUCUCGGAGGGCCAGGGAUGACCGAGAUGACAGCCGCAGGGACAGGGAUACGCGAGAUGACAGAGGAAGGGACAGAGACUCCAGAAGGGAGAGUGGACGAGAACGCGAAUAUGGCAGGAUGCGCAGCGACAGGGGCGGGGACAGGGAACGCUACGGAGGACGUGACAGGGAUGACCACAGGGGACGAGACCGCCGGGACGACCGGGGCAGGGAGGACGAGCGCAGGGGCCCAAACCGAGGCGGCCGGGGAGAUGACUCGCGCAGAGAGUCCGACCGCGGCGACCGCCGUAGAGAUGACCGCGACAGCCGCGCUGAGCGACCUGCGGCGGAUGAGCCUGCAGAGCCACCAGCCCCGGCGGCUGUGGAGGC